UAGAAGGUUAAAGCUGGCUAGGUUUCAGUUUCGUGUAUACGUUAUGAAAAAUCUUUUUAAAGUAAUUAUUUUAUUUUAUCAGUAAAUUAUUACGCUAUUUUAACAAAAUGGUAGUUUUCGUUAGAGCUGGACCAGCAGAAAUUUUGCGAAGUGCUCAGAAAGACAAAGCGUUGAUUAACGAAAUUCAAAAAAUGUUUGAAGAUGUUGCUCUGGAAUUUGGAGGACCAAGAUUUUCCAUGAAGUAUAAACGUCUCAUAUCAGGAUUUAGUAGUAUGUUCUAUUACUACAAUACUACCAUGAGUGGCCUUCAGACUAUUGGAGAGGAGUACACAGGCAUAGUACAAGUCAACAGCACAUUACGAUCCAUCCCACGAUAUUUUAAUAGAUUUUUAAUGUCAUUGUUUGAAUCAUUCGGCAUGCUGAUGGUGUUGGUAUGCUGCAAGAAUGUGGAAAAAUAUAUUAAGGAAAAUAAUGACAUAUUACCAGAGGCAAAAGGGCGAUUGCUGAAGAUGUUGUUAAUUUUUAAAAGUUUGUUACCGCACAUUGAUACUAUCCACAAGGCGUACUUUUUCUGUAAUUGGGGCACAUACCAUCUAAGCCAGAGACUGACUGGUAUUCACUAUAUAUUAUCCCGAUUUUGGCUUAAAGAUAGACAGUCGAUUCCAGCUUUUAGAGUAUUAGGAGGAAUCACAAUGAUCCAGUUGCUCAUAACAAGCACAAUCGCUAUUAUGAAGAAUUACAAUGUUAAGUUGCCAGCAGGAGAAAGUCAAAUGGUGCAAGCUAAAAAUUUAUCUGAACAUAGAAAAUGCGCAAUGUGUUUAAGCACAUACCAGAAUCCGUCAUGUACACCAUGUGGGCAUAUAUUUUGUUGGAACUGCAUUUUAGAAUGGCUCCAGUCCGAAAACCAAUGCCCCAUAUGUAGGGAACCAACAGUUCCCUCUAGAAUCGUCUGUUUAAAAAAUUACUUUUAAACUAUAACUGUGACCUGACCAAAAACUGUGAUAUGCUGUUAAAAGCUUGUUUUUUACUAGCUUGUUUGUAAUAUUUUAUGAAGAAAUAAAUAUUUUUAAUUUAAAAAACUUGAAAACAUUUCUUGUAAUUAAUCAAUUUAUAAAAUACAAUUUUUAAACACUUUCUCCUCUUCAACAGCACUGAUCAAUAAAUUCACUACUCAUAAAAAAUACACAACACCUACAAAUUUAGAUAUUUUCUAGUUCUGUAUUAAUAUUUAUUAUUAUUAAUCAUACCUUUAUUAAUAACUGUUUACCAAUAAACAAAGUUCAGUUUUU